GUGAUUUCCUUAUUCAAACAAGCCGUACAAGUUCAUAUCUGAAUGUUGGCACAGAGUCAUCGAAAGAGGGAAACGAGCAAACGGAGCUAUUUUCUCGGCGUCGAUCAAUAGAUUUUGUGGAAGAUCAUACCUGGUUUUCUUCUAGUUUCGCAGAUUUUCCAUUUCGGGUGAUUUUGGGUCGAUCAUACAAAUUACAAGCCAUGGACAAGUCGAAUGGUUUAGAUUUUAUCUACCAGAUGUUUCCAGCAGAAGCAACUCUUCUUGACGUUGAGCCACUUAUGCAUAACAUUCACAAUGAGAUUCGGCGGAUUGAUGCUACCAUACUUGCUUCUGUUCGUCAACAGGAACUCGAUCUCUUAUAAGAUACAAGAGAUAAAGAGAGUUCAAGACAUAUGCCGUGACAUUAAGAAGUUAGAUUUUGCAAAGAAGAACAUAACCACGGCGGUCCGGUCACUGCCCUUCAUCGCCUCACAAUGGUUCACAAUGGUUGUCUCUGCGGAUGAACAGCUUCAGGUGAUGGCGUCAAAAAGGCAAUACAAGGAGGCAGCUGCACAACUAGAGGGUCUUACGAAAGCAGAGCAGGACAAUAUACUUGAUGUCUUUAAAAAUCAUGGACCAAUAUCCACGCAGCUCUCAGUUGCAGCGGCAAUGCCACAACCACCUGCACCGCCACUGGCGAUAACUAAUCCGGCUGCACUGCACCCUUUGGUUUGAUAGCAAACAGCGAGGAUGUGUUAACCAGAAGGAGCUGUUCUUGGCAGAAGAGCUGCAACCACUAGCUUUAGGAAGUUCUUUGCUCUCACUGAAGCUGCUAAAGAUCGUCCCUUCUUCAAUGCAUGAUUUGUUCCUACUCUUUUGUGUGUUUUUUUUAAAAAAAAUUUAUAUGAGCUCAUUUCAAAGCAAUCGAAUUAAAGAGUAUAUAUUUAUAUGAUGAAAAUGUUA